AUGCCAGCUACUGAAACUCCAAAGGCAACUGAUCUCGAAAAUCAAGAAAGUCAAUCGGAAAUGAAUGAGAAGCAAGCUUCUUUGCCUUCGAAGGCUAUGUUAAAAGUUAACUCUCCAAAAAAUACGCCGCUAACCUCACCUGCAAUUGCGAAAAAGAACGGCGCGUCGUCUAAAAAGAGACCACUUGAUCCUCAAGAGCUUAACAGUAUGAUUCAGAACAAAAUCACGCAACUUGAAACUGAAUCGUCAAUUGAAGAUGAGGAGGAAAAGGCGUUCGCUAAAGCCGUCAAAAAGGCAAGCAGGGAAAUGAAAGACAUCAUUAAUUCUCACGAUGAUCAAAUGGAAAAAUUUGAUACUAUACAGCAAAGGUACAUGGAAUUGUUUCAAGAUAUGAAACGUCUUGAGCGAGACCAUGCAAAGAUGAAGAAGCGCAAUGAACAAUUGCAAAAAGAGAAAGAUGCUGCAAAGAGUGAUCUGUCUAAAGCGAAUUCGAUGAAACAUAAGUUGGAAAACAUAUGUCGAGAAUUACAAAAAGAAAACAAACGUAUUAAGGAGGAAAGCAAACGCUUGGCUGUUAGUGAACAACAGAAACGCGAAGAAUUAUCAAGCAAAUUUGAGAACACCAUCUGGGAGAUCAAAUCUAAGAUGGAAGAAGAUACUGAUGAGAAAAAAAAACGUGCGGAAGAUAGUGAAUUAUUAAAGGAUAAGUUCCGCAGUUUCUUAGAACAAUACGAGCUCCGUGAAAAACAUUUUGAUAGUGUAGUUCGAUCAAAAAAUUUGGAAUUGCAGUUGUAUGAAGCAAAAUUACAACAGCAAAAGCAGCUAACUGAUCAAGAAACCAUAAAG